AUGUCGAAGCAGCAGCAGCAGGUGCCCCUUACGCCGUUUGAGAAUGCCCUGGCGGGCGCGCUGGGUGGUGUGUUUUCGAAUGCAGUGAUAUACCCGCUCGAUACGGUCAAGACGGUCAUCCAGGCGGACCACAAGGCGUCGAGUGAGAAGACCAAGAAGCAGCUGGGGAUGCUGCAGACGCUCGUAGUGAUCGCGCGCGCCAAGGGUGUUCGCUCGCUGUACCGCGGCUUUUUUGCCAAUAUGGCGAAUACGUUCAUCCAGCAGUUUGCCUACUUCUACUGGUACUCGCUCGUGCGCAGUGUAUAUAUCAAGCGCGUGCUUCGCGCUGCCACAGCCACGCCCGUGCUGAGUGUGCUGACGGAGCUCGUGCUGGGCGCUGUGGCUGCUGCUCUUGCGCAGCUGUUCACGACGCCUGUCGGUGUGAUUGCGACGCGCCAGCAGGUCGGCUCGGCCAGCGACGGAGAGGAGGAGGACAACUCGAUACUCGGUCAUAUCCGCGAUAUCUACCACCAGGACGGCGUGGCCGGCUUCUGGCGCGGUCUCAAGCCUAGCCUGGUGCUCACGAUCAACCCUGCGAUCACAUACGGUGUGUACGAACGCGUCAAGAGCGUGAUCCUCGCCGCCUCGGGCGGCCACAUGACGCCGGGCAAGUCGUUUGUCAUCGGUGCGCUGUCCAAGUCCCUCGCUACGGUCGUCACGUUCCCCUACAUCCUGAGCAAGACGCGGCUGCAGACGAAAAACACACCCCACAACACCGCCUUUGCCGUGCUGUACCAUAUCUACGAGCAAAAGGGCGUGAUCGGCUGGUACCAGGGCAUGCACGCUCAGAUCACCAAGGCCGUCCUGUCGCAAGCUCUGCUGUUCUUCUUCCGCGACUACUUUGAGAUGUGGACGCGCCAGCUCCUUGUCCUGUCGAAUACCAAGUCCGUUCCGUAG